GAAGGAAGUUCGUAACAUUCAUUUUCGCCUACAUCAUGACACAAAGCUAACAACACCUGCAGGCUGCCUCGUACUGAUCAUGUAAAUGGAGAUAGGGCUGUCUCGCAUCCACUUCGUACACUUGUCUGACUGUUUCUCAGUACCGACGUCCCUAUGGUACCGCACCAACUCCAACGGAUAGCCCAAAGAUCCGGCAUGGGACUCUCACAGGUUUCGGGACACGGCGUCGGUAGAAACUUCAGCGGGGAAUUCUUCAUGGCAUUGUCAACCGGCAACAAGCCCGAGCUCCCAGCCAAAUGGGAUGGCAUGACCAGUCUACCACCGUUUCUAGAGACGGAUAACGUGGAAACCGUGAAGAGCCAGCUGAUCGACACACUAUUCAUGGCCACGGCGGAGGCGACCGAAGAAGCCGUUCUAAACGCCAUGACCUCGGCCGAGACGAUGAAAGGCUUCCGUGGGGUCGAAACCAAAGCGCUGCCGCGAGAUGUGGUCGAAGACCUCUUGAAGAGAUACAGAAGAGGGUAUAUGAAGGAUAUACUUCACCCAAACCAGGAGUCUAUCGUUAAGCCGGCGAGUCCAUAACGGAGACACAGCGAUACAAGAAUUUCGUUGUCGCUCCUGAAUGGAGGGACCUCCGAUUACCCUGGGGAAGGACCCAUGAGGACACGGUCCAUUUGCAUAUGAGAGACUGAGAGGAACCACGAAGUAAGUCUAAACCCAAGUCCAAACCUAAGUCCGAGUCGGGCCAAUCAGAUAUGAUGGUGGUUCGAGAACGGGUUAUCA